GGGAUCUUGGGGUUAGGAGAAGCAGCCACCUCAACAAUAUGUGGGGGACGCUGCUGACUCCGCCCCACCCUCCUCAGAGCAGCGAACUGGUGCCCCCUUCGGCAUCUCCUUUCCCUCCUGUGCACACUGCCCUCCACCUAGGACACCAAGACUGUUCUGGCGCCAUCGCACCCGUGUGCCGCACCCCGGACACCCCCAACCCCUCCCUGUCCCCGCUUGUUCUCUGUGCCACCCCGUGGGGCCCCGUGCCGAGGUGGGGGGGGCACGAGUCUGCUCGCUGCGCGCCCUCUGGGCCAGCUGGGAGUGGGCUCCAGGGCCCCUGCCUGGCACCAGCGGGGCCCUCCACCCUCUGGGGUGGACCUACCAGAGCCAGAAUGGCUGUGGGGGAGGUGUCCUGGGAGAUCCUGCAGGAGGGAAUCCGGGGACCCUCACCUACUCCCUGGGUCCCCCCUGGCUGCAGAGGGGCUAUUAAACCUCAGAAGCCAGGUGGGCAUGCCCCAGCUCUGCUCUGGCUCCCCACCUUUCUCUCACACCCCUUAUCUCCAUCUGUCCACCCAGGAUUUGAGAACGGGAAUGGACUGGGAACCCAGCCAGGCAUCGGAGCGGGUAUAAGAGCCCAGAAGCCAGGGUUUGGGAACAGAAAUGGGCUGGCAGCAGGGGCCUUCCCGGGUGCUGUCACCCAGCCAGGUUUUGGAGGUGGUGUGCAACCCCAGAAGCCAGUAUACGGAAAUGGACUGGGAAUGGGUGCCUUCCCAAGGCUGGGAGCCCAGCCAGGCCCCAUGGCUCAGAAUGGCGGCCAGGGACCAGGAGUUGGAGGGGGCGUGAAGCCUCAAAAGCCAGCAUUUGGCAAUGGGAACGGAAUGGGAGUCGGAGCCCAGCCAGGCCUGGGAGCGGGUGUAAGUCCACAGAAGCCAGGAUUCAGGAAUGGGAAUGGGCUAGGAGGCGGUGCCUUCCCAGGAGCAGGAGCCCAACCAGGUCCUGUGACUCAAAAUGGCUACGGACCAGGCUUUGGAGGGGGUAUGAAGCCCCAGAAGCCAGGAUUCGGGAACGGCAAUGGGCUGGGAGCCCAGCCAGGCCUAGCAACCCAGAAUGGAUAUGGAGCAGGCUUUGGGGUGGGCACGAAGCCUCAGAAGCCAGGAUUCGGGAACGGCAACGGGCUGGGAGCCCAGCCAGGCCCUGUGGUCCCCAUGGGCUACAGACCAGUCUACAGGAAUGGGCUGGGAGCAGGAGCCUUCCCAGGCGAGGGGGCCCAGCCAGGCCUGGGAAGGGGCCUGAGCCCUCCAAAGCCAGGAUACUUGCCAGGGCCCGGGCUGCAGCUCCCAGCAGCUCUGGGAGGGGGUGUGAAACUUCAAAAGCCAGGAUAUGGCAACGGAAAUGGGUUGGGGGCCCAGUCAGGUCCCUGCAAUGGGAGGGUCCCUCCACUGCUUCUCCCCAAGUUUCCCACUUCGGGGACCCCUUCUGAUAAAGGGGGCGACUGGGGUCCCAAAUCUCAGCCCUCUCCCCCAGUGCAGAACAGCAAGUUCCCAGCACCGACUCCGGCCAUCUCCUGGGGACUGAAGCCUCAGAAAGCAGGGUCCCAGCUCCCGAAUGGCUAUGGAGCAGGUACAGAACUGGGCUUUGGUGGUGGCCUCAAGCCUCAGAAAGUCGAGUUCCCUGGGGCCAAUGGCUUUAGGAACGGCUACGGGGAGGAAGCACCUGCCUACCCCAAAGCAGCAGUUCCAGGCCCCGAAGGAAAUGGUAGGAACGAGUGUUUAGGUGAUGAACCGUGCUGCCUGGGACCUCUGAGGCCCCGGGAAGGUUGCGGCAUCCUGGACGUCCAGCUCCGGAGGGCCGGGGUGCUCACAGCAGCCCUCCUCUGCAGGUCAGGCCGGGGCCCUCCGCGGCUCUUCCUGGCCCUCCGUCCAGCCCUGGGGCCUCGCCCCGAAGCCUGGAUAUGGGGCUGGAGGCGCGUAUCCAGGGGUCGGGAGCCAGCCAGCGACCUAUGGACAGCUGAGGCCAGAGCUGGGCCCUGGCCCCUUUGGCAGCCCGGAUGCGAAGAGAGGCAGCAGCGGCCUGGGAAAUGGCUAUGGAGGCCCCUGACCUCUUGGGAGGCGCUGAGCCCUGAGGCCCUGCUGCUGACCCCUCCUGAGCACCCUGGACGCAGCCUGGGGUGUUGGGCAAGGGCGCCCAGACCCGGGGGCAUGCUUCUGGCCUGGGGUCUCCUGCAGGCUGAAAGUAUUAAUAAAGGCGACGUGCUUCACUGUUUGGCUGUGUGCUAUGUGCUGCUGCAGGCCCUCACCUCAUUCACCUGUUCCUAACGGGGCAGCGCUUUGUCACCAUCCAGAGGGGGAGCCACAUCCCAGUUAGGGGACCUGUGCAUUAUUGAUGUCCAUGUUUAUAACCAACCUAU